AGACCUGAAGGCUGUUGGGAAAAAAUUUGUUCAUGUCAUGUACCCCAAAAAAAGCAAUGCCCUCUUGAGAGAUUGGGAUCUCUGGGGUCCUUUGGUCCUUUGUGUUUCACUGGCACUGAUGCUUCAGGGAGGCUCUGCGGAUAGUAAAGAAGAUGGAGGACCCCAGUUUGCUGAAGUUUUUGUCAUCAUCUGGUUUGGUGCAGUUGUCAUAACACUGAAUUCAAAACUUCUUGGGGGGACCAUAUCGUUCUUUCAGAGUCUCUGUGUCUUGGGUUACUGUGUCUUGCCCUUAACGGUGGCUAUGCUGGUGUGCCGACUGGUACUUCUGGCUAGCAUGGGGCCUGUCAACUUCCUUAUCCGGCUUAUUGUGGUGAUUGCGAUGUUUGCCUGGUCCACCUUAGCAUCCACAGCGUUCCUGGCUGAUAGCCAGCCUCCAAAUCGAAAAGCCCUUGCUGUUUACCCCAUCUUCCUCUUCUACUUCGUUAUCAGCUGGAUGAUUCUCACCUUCACACCUCAUUAAACCAGGAUGCAAGAGAAGUCAAAGAGCCCGAGCAGAACCGAAGACUCCAGCUCCGCUUUGGGCCUUUGCCUCCCAUCUCUCCUUUCUCAACUCUCAGAGGGAGCCUGGACGUGGUGAAGGGGUGGAGGUGGCGGUAGGGGUUGGGGGGCAAGAGAAAGCCAAGGUCAUGCAGCAACACCAGCAUACCAGCAUGUUGGGAAAAAGCAGUUGCUUGGCAGGGGUCCGUACUUUGAUUUUUCUUAAUGUUAUUCUUUAAAAUACACGUACAGUCAAAGUACUAGCCUGCUCAAAGAUUAUGGUUUGGUUCGCUGUGUGUGUGUUUGUGUGUGUGUGUGUGUGUGUGUGUGUGUGUAGAUGGCUACAGGAAUGACAUGGUGAUUGAUUACACAUUGAGUUGGAGACCAAAGUUAAGUUCAGACCAGUUCCCAUACAGCUUUCUCUUUCAAACAUACUGCCUUAUCACCAUAGGGUGUAUUUCUCUUUUGACAAGGGAGGGGGAUCUGUCUUUUUGUCUUCUUCCUUUCCUUUUUCUUUUUCCCCUUUUUGAAUAUGUGGAGGAGAAGGGGAGAUACAUCAAACAUGCGGAAAAGGAAAACACUAAUUGAAAUUCAAGUUGUACUCUCAAGAAUUUGGCUAGAAAUCGUUUUCUUUUAAAAGCACAUAUGAAGAAUCCUGUCUUAUUUGGACCAUGUAAACCUCGGACUGUCUCUGUGCAUAUGCAUACUGCAGUCAUGCCAUGUGUUCUAACAAAAGCAUGCCAACCUCUUGGUAGCACUCCAGCUCCUUAUCUUACUCUUUAGCCCUGAAUGUGCAUGCUGGGUUAUUUGGAGCCAACGUGGCAUUUUCCUUGGCCUAAAGCAAUCAGUGUUUAAAACCCUUGAACUUAGGCUACUAGAAGACUUUUGAAAACUAAGGCAGGUCACUAGUGCACAUUUGUAUCACUGUUUAAUAAGCACAUUCUCUUAACUGCAAAGUGGGAUGUUUGGAAUAUAGUUGAACUGUAAGGAAUUCCUCCCUCCCAAAUGGAGUCUCUCCUGGUGGCAGGAACUUUAGAAGGUACAGAUGAAAACUAGGAUGGGGUUUUAAAACCCACAAUGGCAUCUCAUGUCUUGAUGGCUGCUUGAUAAGGGAACUCAGAGAGAGACUUUAGGAUCUCCUGGGUCAUUAGCUGUAGUCUCUUCACAGAAACAGGAGCACAUAUUUCAUUGGACCUCUUCCUGGUAGGGGACAGCAAAUGGUUUCCUUUAGCUGUCGACUGGAUUUAUUUGUAAAGACAGCUCAACUCUUCUUUAGCUGUAUACUCUUUGCCCAGCUUUGCUUGUGCUCUUGGAUAUUUGUCCUACAAGGAUGGCAAGGCCUUUCAGAAGCACUUGAAGGCUAGGCUGGCCUAAGACGGGCUCUGAACCAUUUGGGGGCUCCUUUAAAGGAGAGGCCUAGGCUCCUCCUUUCAGCGACAUUGCACGCUGGAGAGCAGUGGCUGGCGAAAAUCCAUUCUGUAGGAGGGCAUUCAUUGCACAUGCACAGUAAAUUCUGUAGAUGACCAUAACUUAGCCCAUGCGUUUUCUGUGUCGUAGACCUUGUUUAGAAUAGCUUUCUAUUUAAAGGUGAACCAUAUAUAAAUUUGUACUGAGUAGAAUAGUUUCAUUCCCUACAUUAGCCUAAGAAAAAUGGUCCCUAGACUGACCAGUAGCAAUAAAGACCUUGUUAAAAAUGAGCUUUCCUCUUUUCCAGCCCAGGUUAGAGUUUUGCUUUCUCUAUUUUUAUUUAUUUAUUGCAGUUCACCCUUAAAUGCUUAUGUAAUUUUCCAUGUAAAGACAAAUUCAGCACUUAAGUCUUGACCUAGAAGUUAUUUUGAACCAAUGAAGUGGAUCCUAACUUGUUCACACUAAGAAUAGCUCUUCCUUUAGAGUUCCUCAUAAUCAGUCCUGACAAUUAUGUGAAUUUAUUUUGAAGGAAGGACUGUUUCCUGGGUCACCGUUUUUUCAAAGGGAAGGAAGGAAGCCUAUUCUGAUACGCAUUUUACUCAAAGUCUGAAUAUUUGGUUGGAAAAAAGUAAAACCAUGACUUUUUGGUUUUGCCUUUCUGUUUUUUAUAACUUUUCUUAUGUUUCAACAUAUCUUGUUCUGUGUUCAUUGGUUGCUGUUAGGUAACAUGGGUGACUUCUUGAACAGGGUGGUUUUUACUUUCUGAUUUCGUUCACUAAUAAAUUUGUUUCUUUUUUCUUUAGAUUUGAAAGUUUAAAAAAAUGGAGGUGGGUCAGUCUGGGGUCUAAAAUCUUUCUUUAACAAAUGUGAAAUGCUGAGGCCUUCAGAGCUGGUCCAGUCUAUGGGCCAGAGCCUCUGGAAGCCAGAACCCUUGUUUGUCCUUUUCCUGAUCGGGUCCAAACGCAGAGAAGCUUGGUACUGUCACUGUAGAGCAUGGGAUGGCAAUGCGCACGUGCAGCAGCAGUCUAACUGCUUGUGAGGCCAAGAAUGGCUUGGCACAUCUUUUUGAGAUAAGAUCAGACUUAGGAAAGCAGUCGUUUGAUGCCAACAUGAUUGAGUGUGCAGCUGGGUCUUUCAAAAGGCAUUGCUUGGCUAGGAGUUGUCCUUCCUUUGAGAAACUUGUUGUGCAAGGUGGGCUCCAUCAUUUUGUCGUUGUGGAGGGUGGCCAGUACUUGGCUGUAUUUCUCACAUCAAAGUCCACCAAAAGCAUAGUGGGGUUUAUUUAAAGUACACUCGGUAAUCAUACUGCCCAGCAUGAGGAGACUAUUCCUUUGAUCAUUUAUUCCUCCAAAUGGACAUCUAAGAUCUGGCAUUUCUUCUUCCUGAAUAACCUCAAGCCUAAUAGACAUUUCUGUAAAGGCAAGCAAAGUUUAACGGCCAUGUGUUGCAAGAGCUGGGCUUUUUUUUUAAACACUUCCCAUGUUGAAUCCAAAGUGGACUAUUAGAUUCUGAAAGAACUUUGCAGUGGACUCUUAGAGUGCUCUUAGGCUCAGAGGAUCAGAGAUUUGGAGCUGAAAGCGAUCUCAGAAAUUAACUAGGUCCACCUCAUUUUGCAGAGGAGGAAACAGACCUAGAGAGGGGAGAUGACUUGCCCAAGUCAACACAUGUAUAAAUAGCAGGGCCAAGAUUCAAACCCAGGUCCCCUGACUGUACUCUUUCUAUUGUAAGUGCUGCAUUUGUAGAUGACAUGAAUUUUAAUUAGAAAUCGAUUCUUUCUAUUAAUAACUAAGCUUGACUCUGAAGAAGAGAGUAGGCAAGGUACUGCCUUCUCUUCUUUACAGAGACCAGAGACAAGGGAAGUGGAGCGUUACCUGUACUCGAUGUCAGACUGUUGAUGUGUUAGUUUUGCUAAACUGCCUUUUCUUUGACACAUAUUUUUUUGUUAUAAAGGGUGGCUCUCUGGGGGUGGGGGGGUUAUAUUGGGAAAUGAAAGUGAUGUAAAAAAAAUCAAUAAAACAUUUUUAAAAGUCAAUCU